AUGAUUCGAUGGAUAAAUUUGAUUCUUUUAUUCUAUUAUUUUUCAAAUGUGAAUCCAUUACCAUUACCCUACAAUCAAUAUUCUUAUAUGUUGGCUAGAAACAAGAUUAAACAAAACGAUGAAAUGGGACCAAUAAAACAUAGUUUGAAUAAAAAAGAAGUGAUUGUUAAUUUCUAUUUGGAAUGGAUUCGAACAAAUGAAUUUAUUAGAACACGAACAUAUUUUUAUCCUGCACGACCUAUUGAAACUGAAAUUGAAAAUAUCACCAAUAAUCCCUUGUAUCAACUUCUCAAGUUAUUCCCAAAAGGUGGAAAUUUACAUAUACAUGAAUCUCAAGUUCUCGAUCGAAAAUUGUUACUCGAAUCAAUUCUUAAUUCGGAAGAAGACAAAUAUUUAUACAUAUGUGAUCAAGAAAAUUGCACAACUAAUAAAUAUUUUCUCAGUAUUUUUCGAUCAACACCUUCCAAUGAUUGGACCAAAGUAAAAGAUUCAAAUUGGACCGUUGUCGAUAUUCUGAAAAAGACAACUUUGAUUGGCAUUCUUAAUGAUCUACGUACACCUAUCUAUCCGACCGAUAGUAGAAGUCGAUGGCAUGUUGCCAAUAGUCAUGGCGUAUUUGAUUUUUAUGAUGAUGUGAUUCGUUACAAUACAACACGAUUCAAUUAUAUGAGAAUGGUUUUAGACAAUGCUCUAGAAGAAAAUAUUCAAUUGCUUGAAUUUCGACGAAAUUCUUUCGGAACUCUUUUCUAUUAUGAUGAUAAUGGAACGAAAAUCCUAAUUGAUCCCUACGAAGAAUUGAAUAGACUAACAAAAUUCAAAAAUGAUUACAUGAAAAAUAAUCCAAAAUUGAUCGAUUUUGUAUUUUUAAUGCAUGCAUUGAGAUUUCGAUCCGAAGAACAAGUUAAAAAUGAUCUCAAACGGUUCGUCCGUCUUCAGCAAGCCUUUCCUGAUUUUGUUCGUGGUUAUGAUUUAGUUGGAGAAGAAGAUCAAGGACAUACGUUGUUAUUUCAUAGUCAUAAUUUGAUGGAAGUUUUCAAUGAAUCGUUUGCUCCGUAUUUGCAUGCUGGUGAAACAAAUUGGCCCGAAGAACAUAUUCUUAGUAAUGAUGUAGAUGGUGUCAGUACAUUCGAAAAUAUCUAUGAUGCUCUCAUCUUUCGAACCCGCCGUAUUGGUCAUGGAUUAAGUUUAAUUAAACGCCCAGAUCUAUAUAAAUACAUACGUCAAUAUCAAAUUCCGAUUGAGAUCUGUUUGGCUAGUAAUCAAAUAUUGGGCUAUACAGCUGAUCUGCGCAACCAUCCAGGUAUUACAUAUCAUCGUAGUGGUAUUCCCAUUGUACUGGCUGGUGAUGAUCCUGGAAGUUUUGGAUACAAUCAACUGACUGUCGAUUAUUAUUUAGCGACGAUGGCAUGGGCUUUGAAUUUGGCUGAUCUUAAGCAAAUUGCUCGAAAUUCAAUUCAAUAUAGUUCCAUUCCGAUAAUGAUGAAGGAGCAGGAUGCUGAUGGAAAAACAAAUAAUAAAGAAGUUAACAUAGAUGGAACAAAUGAAAUAAGAUAUCCAAUAAGAGAUAGCCAUGAACCACUAGUUGACUUCAUACAACCUCCAACGAAAGAAAUAAUUAGACGUGGCACAGCAAGAAUAACUAAAACAAAUGGAGCGAUUAUUAAAUUUAUGUGUUCUUGA